UUGACUUUGUUUUAAAAGAUCCCAGAGAAAAAGAUGAUGAUGGCAAGAUAACUGAACUCCCACCUCACCGUGCUGAAAUAGAAGUCUUGCCAAAGCCAUGGAGGAGGUCUUUCCUAUCUUCAUGCAGUUACAUUAGGGAUCACUUGAAUGCAAUGAACCCUACGAUGCUGGCUGUGCUGGAUCUGUGGCAUAGCACUUUUAAGAAAUUACGUCUAGUUGACAUAGAAGAGUUUCACAAGCGCCAGGAUGCAUUAGAGCUGUCAGAAUUUCAGAACAUUGUCAUUAAACACAUGGAAUCUGCCAAGGAGACACUACUUAAAACGUGGUUUCCAGAAGUGCAGAAUAUUUAUUACAAAGGCAAUAAAAAAAAGCAAUUGCCAACUGGCAAGAGCAGCGCCAAAUUGGACUCUUUUUUCAACUGUGCUGCUACACUCAUGACCUUACAGCUGCAGGACCUCAUUCUCGUCUCCAUGCAAGACUUUACAGACCUCAUUGCCCAACCUCCUGAAUCAAUUAGAGCUUUUGAACAUCCAGGUUUCAUCAUGAGACUGGUUCUUGAUAAAGAUGACAUUAAUUUUGAACCCGAGUUUAAUGACUACAUAGAUAUUCUUGUAAAUAUCUAUGAAAUCAUGAUUAAGGCUGUCAGCUUUGUGCCAAGAGUUGAGACAAAAUUGUAUUCCCAAUGGGAAAGCAAAUCUAAGCCAACAACCUUGAAGCCCAUAAUUCUGGAUGAAAUCAUAGACACCCAUAAGGAAAAGAUUAGAGAGGUGGUGUUGCGAGAGAGUGUGGCACCAACCGAGCAUCUCAAAAUGUAUGACAAGUAUCAGUUCUUGAUUACUGGAAAAGCUGAGCGUGAUAUUGAUGAGUUCCUGUUUCAAAAUCAGAACUAUGAGAGACUAAUAGAGGAAAUUCGCAAAUACCAAAAGCUAGGAGAAGAAAUACAGUACACAUCUCGAAAGACUGUUCGCUUGGGAAUGUUUGAAAUGCACUGUGAGGAACUGAUCAAAUCAUUGAUGAAGCGAGCAGAUGUCAUCUGUGGGAAACUGAUAGCCAAGAUGUUCCGCAAUCACCAGAAGGAAAACACAAUGCUAUGUGAUGAAUUUGAGAAGAUAUCUGAAAAGGCUCUGAGCACGCCUCUAAACACAGCCGAGCUCAUGGAGAUGAAGGCUGACAUUCAGAAAGUGGAGGCAACUGACAUGUUGGAGCUGAGACAGAGACUAGUGGAUUCUAAAAACUGCCUGGCCUUCCUCAUCGAGUGCGUCAACUUUUCUCCUGCAGACAUCAGACUAAAUAACAGUGUUUUCCAGUGGUAUGGCAGAAUGGGGGAGAUUUUUGAUGAGCACAGGAAAAUCAUUAAAGAUAAAACAGAACAAUAUCAAGAAGCCCUUAAGUUUCGAUGUGAGCAGUUUGUGGAGGAAUUGGAGAGUUAUGCUAAACAAGUAGAAGAAUUUCAUACAUUUGGAGACCUGUUGGAUGUGCAGAGGUACUUGCAAAAGGCCCAGGUGCUAAACAGCAAGUUGGAUGCAGCAGCGGACAAGAUUGAUCAGUUCAAUGCAGAAGAGGAGGCAUUCGGCUGGGUCCCAUCAGUAUAUCCUCAACGUAAAAAGAUCCAGGAUGCUUUGAACCCUUAUCUCCGUCUCUAUGAAACUGCUGUGGAGUUUAGUGCCAAACACAAAUGGUGGACUGAAGGACCAUACCACAAGGUGAACCCAGAUCAAGUAGAAACGGAUGUUGGGAAUUACUGGAGAGGGCUGUAUAAGCUAGAGAAGGUCUUCCAUGAUUCUCCAAAUGCACUGGCAAUGACCAAGAAAGUGCACUCAAUGGUGGAGGAAUUCAAGCAGUACAUCCCUCUCAUCCAAGUGAUCUGUAAUCCUGGUCUGCACCCCAGGCACUGGGAGGCCAUGUCCACCAUUGUUGGCUACCCUCUGAAGCCCUCAGAUGACUCUACAGUCUUCUCUUUCAUACACAUGAACCUGGAACCAUUUUUAGACAGAUUUGAAGGCAUUAGUGAAGCAGCUAGCAAAGAAUAUUCUCUUGAAAAGGCCAUGGAUAAGAUGAUGACUGAAUGGGACUCCAUGGAGUUUGUCAUUCAUCCCUACAGAGAAAGUGGGACAUACAUUUUGUCCUCAGUUGAUGACAUUCAAAUGAUGCUGGAUGACCACAUUAUCAAAACACAAACUAUGCGAGGAUCUCCUUUCAUCAAGCCUUAUGAAAAGCAGAUGAGGGAAUGGGAGGGCAAGCUGCUGCUACUGCAGGAGAUUCUGGAUGAGUGGCUCAAGGUACAAGCCACCUGGCUCUAUCUGGAGCCCAUUUUCAGCUCUCCGGACAUUAUGUCUCAAAUGCCAGAGGAAGGCAGACGAUUCAAAGCUGUGGAUAAAACCUGGAGGGAUGUAAUGAAAGCGGUUGUACAA